GUGCUUUUGUCGAGUACACAUGACAGAUCCUUUAUUCUGGAAUAACAGUCUUUAAACAUGUCUGGAGUAUGACCCACAUUCACACCGCAGCAUACGACCAUCCAUAACCUGUCAUUUUGGGCAGGACUACCUGCCAGAGGAGCCACCUCCUCUUUCUGUCUCUGACUCAGUCCACCGCUCUCAGCGUUUCAGGAGUUCAUACACUGUUUGCUGUUCAUCAUAGAUGGCACAGACAAACAAAACUCUAAAACUACAGACUGAGCAGCCUUAUCACCCCUGACUACUUUUGCCGCUGUGAUGUGAUGUUGCUUAUUAAGUGGGACGUUUUGUAUCGGAUUGCUCAAGGAUGUGGAGACAGGAGCACCUUUCAUUCACAUGGAUCACAGGAUGUGUGUAUGAGUUGAGAUAGAGCUCAGGCCAGUGAUGGAGGCAGGACCGAACUGCAGCUCUCACUGUGAGUCUGGCGUCUGCUUCAUCUACCCAGGAGUGAACAGCCAGCAGGGCUGGGACGUCCUGCAGAGACUCUGUGCGCUCUCAGCGAGGGGUGUGGAUCUACAAAGUCGAUCGCUGUCUCCUGCUCUUCGUGCUGUAGUCUGGACACUGCUCUCUUGUGGGAUUCUGCUGGCGCUCUUUUUCCUCAUUUUUACACUGCGCUUCAAAAACAACAGGAUAGUGAAGAUGUCCAGUCCCAAUCUGAAUGUGCUGACUCUCUGUGGCAGUGUACUCACUUACGGCAGCGGCUUCUUAUUCGCCAUGGAGGAGAGAGCACUGCUGUCUGGAGCAGGAUCAAGAGCUGUCUUACAGGCGCGGAUAUGGACACUGUGUAUUGGCAGCUCUCUGGUGUUUGGCCCCAUUCUUGGGAAAACAUGGCGGCUCUAUAGAGUAUUCACUCAGCGUGUGCCCGACAAAAGAGUGAUUAUUAGAGACAUCCAGCUGAUGGGUCUGGUUGCUCUGCUGGUCCUAGUGGAUGUUGUUGUUCUAGCAGCAUGGGGUUUGACAGAUCCGAUCAAGUGCUCUCGCUCUGUUAGUGCUAUGGUGAAGGUAGUAGAGCGGGACGCAUCCUACUCUCUGUCCCAGUUGGACUCCUGUUCUUCUCUCUACUCUGACCUGUGGGUAAUCCUGCUCUCUGUGCUCAAGGGCAGCCUCCUCCUGUACGGCACGUAUCUUGCUGGCCUGACAAGCAAUGUGAGCUUACCUCCUGUAAACCAGUCUGUGACCAUCAUAGGUGCUGUCUGCCUGGUUACCAUGUCGAGCGCUGUGGCUGUACCUGUCUCUCUUUACCUGUACGCCUGGCCCAAUGUGGUCUACAGUGUAGUGUCUGGAGCCAUCUUCAUCUGCACAAUGGCCAUAGACUGUCUACUGUUUGUCCCUCAACUGACCCAGUGGAGACAGUUUGAAGAGGAAACAAACUCUCACCCCAGUCAAAUGGCCAAAUACUUCAGCAGUCCCAGCAAGACCACACACUCCAUGUACAGCGAGGAUGAGAUCUAUUAUCUGCUUGGAGAAAAUGACUCCAUGAAAAGACUCAUUAAUGAGAAGAAUGCCGUUAUUGAUAGCCUACAGGAACAAGUGAACAAUGCCAAGGACAAGCUGCUCAAACUGAUGACUGCUAGCCACCCCUUGGACGAGGGAGAAAUGGACUCCUCCAACACUAACCUCAACUCCACCUCCACCCAAACCACAGUGGUAUCUCCUGAUUCUCCAACUCUAAUGAAAUACUCAGAAGUUGCUCCCACCAGAGCUUUCUCUCCACCUCCCUAUGUACCUCCUCCACCGCUUCCCGCUCACACUACCUCACAGCAAACAUCCCCUGAAGGUCCAGUAGCUACAGAAGUUCCUCCUUCUUCAACACACCUGAGGUCUUCACCUCCUCAAGAUGACAGUGAGGUCCCUCAGGUUGUAAGUCUGAAUGAAAACACAGAAGAAGUAGCUCCAACCAUGAACAAUAUUAGAAACUCAGGUCUUGGAAAAGAGAUUUCGGAGAAGCCACUUGAUGUGCCUUUGGAUCAGGACAAAUUAGCACAAGGCUUCUCUCGCCUGGGACCAGCUUGGUGUAGUUCAUCUCACGUUGAGUCUCCAGGGCCUUCAGCCUCUGUUGAGCUUCCCACCAUGUCCCCAACGGGACGAAUGGGUUUUGUAACCAAUGAGCAGCUGGUGGAGAUCUUGCAGGACCUAAGCAUGGAUGCCAUAAGCAGCUCCGUCAAAUCCCCUGACCGGGCGCGAAGCCCAUCCCUCAAUCCAGAUGAACUGGGCACAGCUCUUUCUCCUCGAUCUCCUCUACAGUUCUUCUUCCCCACCAUCUCACCCUAUCUCAUGCGUAAACGCAGACCUCCGUUUUACUCCUCAAGAGGUGGACCUCCACCUUACUAUUUUCCAGGCUCGGUUCCUCCAGGGCGGGGAAGGGCAUCAGCACUAAUGGACAAUGAAAAGUUAAGAGACGAUGACUCUCAAAGACAUGACUUGUGGGAUGAGAGAAAGAGGCGGAGGAGGAAUGCGAAAGCACAGGCUCGACGUGGCUCGGGACAGGAGAGUUGGGAGUGUUCUUCUCACAAGUGCACAAUUACGCCUUUCACUGGACAGGUUCCUCAGCCUGCCUCUGCAGAGGGGGUUAAACACUCAGAGGAGCCAUAUGACUACUCAGACUCUGACUCUAGCAGCUCGGAGGACUAUUGUUACUAUCAGCGGCCCUACUGCGGGGCCUGUCAUCACCCCUAUGACUCCACAGACAGCCUCACCUCAGGGACCUCUGACAGUGAGGAUGAGGACUUCUGCCACUCAGGACAUCCUGUUGUGAACUUUAAAGUCGACCUUAAACCAACCUUUGUCUGAACAGACUGCACAUACACUUUGUAUUUGACGUGAUGCUCUUGGUUUUGUUUGGAUCUAAUUAAAUUAUUUAGAUAUACAAUAUCUGUAUUUUUUUUAAAGAAGGCUUUUAUGCUCAGCAGGGCUGCAUUUAUUUGAAAAAUAUUUGAAAAAUUAUUAGAAUGAUUUCUGAAGGAUCACGUGACACUGAAGACUGGAGUAAUGAUGCUGAAAAUUCAGAUUUGCAUCACAGGAAUACACUACAUUUUAAUAUAUAUUAAAAUAGAAAACAGUUAUUUAAAAAAACUACUUUAUAAAACAUUACAUGUACUAAUUGUACAUUAAAAAUGCACUUCAUACAGACUUGAAUACACCUCUUAUAUGAUCGAUGUUUUAUGUAAAACAUGUUUAAUAAAACUUACUUAGAUAUUUUUAACACUGUCUAAAAUCAAAAAUAUCUUUUUUUUAAGUCAUUUAAAAGUAGUUAAGUGGUAUAAUAUAUUAUUAUUUCUUAGCUAAAUCAUAAAAAUAGUAAAAGAUAUAACAGAGACAAACUCUGUCAAGGUCAGUAUUUAUUUUUUAGAUUUUUUAGUUCAGGUUUUCAGGCAUCAAAUUGAAUCUGGAAUACUGAAAAAAUGUUUUACAAAUGUGGAAAUACAUUCCGUUUACUUGAUGAUAAGGACAAUUUUUAGAGAUUUUUAGUCAUAAAAUUUAUAUUAUGAAAAGGAAAAUCUAAAUUGAACAAUAAUGUACUGGGUCUCUUCUCUGAUUAGCAUAACUAAUGAGCCAUUUGAGUGAGUGGAGAGGGAAGAUUUUGGUCUUUCCUGUGUCUGUUAAACAAAAAGGUAUUUGUUUACACAAAUUAUUUCUUCUAGAAAGCUAUUAUUACACAGUUUUAGGAAAACCCAUACACUUUUUAUACAUUUCAAAAAUGUAAUUCAAAAAAUGUUAAAAAUGUUAUGACUGAUUUUUACCAUCCUAUUUAGGUUAAUUAAUUUAGAAACACUGUGCAAUUUAAAAGAGAGAAUAGAUAAGGAGGAAAUAUUCCAUUGCAAAUAUUGUCAAAAAAUAAAUAAAAUCAAUCAGCUGUGAAGUUAGCUUUUAGUGUGUUUUGCAUUGCAUUUGAAUUCUUAUUACAUUCCUUGAUCAUUUAAAAUUGCUCUUAUUUUAAAAUAUGCUAACGUAGAAAUUAAAUUUCUUUCCAAUUGAUAAACCUUUCUCUUACAAUAUUAAAAUGCUUUAUUUUGUGCUACAACAUUACACAGUCGUCGCUUUGGUUAAAUAAGUCUGUUUAUAGUAUUUAUUUUUGCCUAGUCCUUUUUGUGUGUGAGUGCGUAGAGUUUUUUUUUAAUAGAUGAUAAUGUUUUAUGUUUACCAAGACUUGAUAUAUAUUUCUUUAUCUCCUUAUUUAUCUAAUUUAAACUCUUAGGAGGCAAUGUGACUGAAGAACUUGAUCUGCAUCAUGUUAUUUGUUCAAACAGUGUUUUUGAAACUGAAUUAUUUUUUGCAUAUAUUGCAUUUAUGUAAAUAUUUUAGUGUGUGUGAAUGUGUUUAUAUCUCUGUGUCCUUUUUGUAAACAUGUUUUCUCUAUGAA